CUGGUACAAGCAGACGAUGCACUGUUCACAGCGAAUGCACCCACUUCACUGCGUCUGAUUAUUUCAUAUUAACCUGACAUCCAAGUCCCCAAUGCUUCUGUACGUUGGACCAUUGAUGAAAAUGACGCUGAACUCUUCUCCAUCAGUUUUGUUUCCUCAGAGAAGAAUAAUGUGCGUGUGUGGCAUAACUUGCAUGAAUCACAAGCGUCUUGUGUAGACAGCUCUCUGUGACCGUGUGCAGGGGGGCAAGUCCUAUUUUUACCUUACACCUACAGUAGUUUCACUUUACAGCCUCCUUACGCUGCUUUAUUGUUCACUGGAAUUGUUUUGUGCUUUGGUGCAGUGUUCAUUUACAGAAAACAGGUGAGCGAACUUUGCUCCCUGACAAGAUGAGGGUUGUGUUGUGAUGGGUUUAUUAUCAUUACAUACAGAGAUUGACCCUGCGCUGAAUAGUAUUAACUUCCUAAGGUAUGUAACAGGAAUUUGGUGUUGUCUGUCAAAUCUACAAUUAAACAUGUAAAGGUGGCUUAAAUAUUUAAUUAAAUUGAUAUUUAUGAUGCUGGUGCUAGUUGGAUCAUUUUAAUAAUAACUUUACUAAAGUUAAUGAAAUCUUGAUCUAAACUUUCUGUUUUUCUAAAUUGCUUAUGAAGACAUGCUUCUCUUAAGCUCCGCAAUAAACCUACAGGUGUUUAGAGUUUUCCCUCCACGGGGCAAUGAUGGGACACUGGCGUAUGGAAAUCAAGAUCUGCAUUAUGUGCACGUGAAAAAAUAAUUUGUUUAUCUGAAAUGAUGCCUUCUCUGAGCUUGUUGUGUGGGCGUAACUGUCAAUAAACGCAGGCUUGUGGACGGAUGAGAUCAAAACCUAAUUAGAGUGUUUAGAGGUUGUGUUAGCAGAGAUCUGGUGGGAGGAGGGCCUUUAUUAACAUAUCCAAUAUCAAAGUCAACACCGGCCCCAGUUUUGCAUUUUGGUUAAUAUUUACCAUCGGAUACUGAUUUACCAAGUGCUCAGAGCAGGAUGACUGCAGCAGUGUCUCACGCAGGGCCCCUCUGUGACCACGCACUGCUUCCGCCUGUGUCAUAUUUUAUCAUGCUCAUCUUUGAACUGAAGUUAUAAAGCGUAGUCGGUGAUGAAAGGAGGACGAGGCGGCCAACACAGCACUUCAGGUCAUUUUGAGGUUUUUACUUCUGCCACACGUUCACUGCAGGUUUCACCAUGGAAGUGGUCGUGCAGAGCGAGGUGAUUCUAUCCGUGUACAUCAUUUCCUUCCUGAUAGGACUUCCAGCCAACCUCGUGGCUCUCUACGCCUUCAUCGUCAAGAUCCACGCGAAGCCCCUUCCCAUCGACAUCCUGCUGCUCAACCUGAUCGUCUCCGACCUGCUCUUCCUCCUCGUCCUCCCCCUCAAGAUGCACGAGGCGGCGUCGGGCAUGACGUGGGACCUGCCCGGCUUCCUGUGCUCCGUCACCUCCUUCACCUUCUUCUCCACCAUCUACACCAGCUCCCUGCUGCUGAUGGCGGUGGGCGUGGUGCGCUACGUCAGCGUGGCCUUUCCUGUCGCCUACCACCGGCUGCAGAGGCCGGCGUACGCCAUCGCCAUCAGCGCCGUCGUCUGGACCGUCUCCAUGGCGCACUGCAGCAUCACCUUCAUCAUCCAGCUCCACCCCUCCCUGGCCAACGACAACUCCACCGUCUGCUACGAGAACUUCACGGAGAAGCAGCUGGAGGUCCUGCUGCCCGUGCGCUUGGAGUUCUUCUUCGUGCUGUGCCUCGUGCCGCUGCUGAUCUGCGUCUUCUGCUACCUGCGCUGCAUCUGGAUCCUGUACACGCGCCCCAGGAUAUCGCGCAUGCAGAAGCAGAAGGCCAUCGGCAUGGCCCUGGGGACCCUGGCCGUGUUCCUCGUCUGCGUCAUACCCUACAACUUCUCCCACGUGAUGGGCUACUUCCAGGGUGAGAGCCCCACGUGGAGGUACUACACCUUGCUGCUCAGUGCCUUCAACACCUGCAUUGAUCCCAUCAUCUUUUACUUCUCCUCCUCCACCUUCCAGUUUUCCAGCGACAAGUUCAUUUUCAAGAAGAAAGUAAAGACUUCAGGAAUGCAAAUGCAAUGCACAACCUCAAGCCAUGAGUGACGGACACUCCUUCACUCUCAAUGCCUAAUCUGUUUUAUAAAUGACAUUAUUGUACUGUACAUUACAGAUGUUACAUCAGAACUAUGGCGACUGCUUCAGCACUUUAUUUAUGUACUUUAUUUCUAUCAGAAUAGCUUUUGAAGAGUGACCUAAAGCUGAACUCAGAAACAUCAUUAAGAAUAUAGUUUUAGCAACAUGGGUGUUUCCAUGAGUUGGCCGUGUAUCAGCAGUGUGGGUCAUGGUUUCAGCUUGAUGCAUUACACUGUGUUUGCCCAGAAAGUUCACUUCCUGGUGAACAUUGUCAUCACGUGCAGAACACACAGAGGAGGAAUUGUGAGCACAGACAUAUUAGAUUAUAUUAGAGAUAUAUUAAAAUUAAUAUGUGCAACAGAAUGGAUCCCUUCAUGUCAUGCAGUAUUAUGGUCCUAUCAAGUAAUAUUACACAUUUGCGUAUUAUAUAAAUUCACAAAACAAAAACAAAGGGAAAAUGUGACGCAGGAAAACAAAAUGAUUUAGUGGCUUUAAGACAGAUGUGCAGUCAGACAAGGGCACUCACAUUAAAGCUCGGUAGGUAGGUGGGUAUGUUUAUACAAUGCUUAUAUAAAUGUAUGACCUCCUGGUCAUUUUGUUGA